GUAAAGUUGCCUGUGUUUGGAAGCAGUGUACAAGGGGAAAAGUCACAGCAAAGAUGAAGCUGUGUAAAACCUUUUUAGAAAAUGAGUUCAGAGGGCAGCUGCUGAACCAGAGGUGGACACGAGGAGACAGAAUAAGCAGAUUCUGUGAGACCAAGAGGAGCCUUCGAAUCAAAAUGAGUCAGGACGCAGCAGAUACGAGAACCCGGACCCGCUCAAAAGGCAUCAGAGUACCCGUUGAACUCGUGGGAGCAGAGUUAAGCUGCCCCACCCCCGGAUGCGAUGGUUCAGGCCAUGUCAUUGGGAGAUAUUCACGACACAGAAGCGUUCUUGGAUGCCCAAUAGUGAAGAAGAGGAAACUUGUGGAGGUGGAGGCAGAAGAUAAUCAACCCGCCCCCAAGAAAAAGACCCCGCCCCUGAAGUUGGCCAUGGACGAGAGCUUCAACACAGCAGACAGUGAUGCCGCCAGUGAGGCGGAGCAUAAGGAGGGGGAGGAGUCAGAGGAGGAGGAGCAGAAAGAGAAGGAAAAUAACAAAACGCCAAACCCUCCCAAGUCCAUGAAAGCCGAUUGCUCACAGGUGGUACCUGAAAACACAGAAAAAGAGACGUCUGUUGAGUCUGACACCAUAGCUGCACCUAAAGCAGGGACUCCGCAGAAGGACACAGCCACCACAACCCAACAGCAGGCAGAAGCAAAGGCAGACAGACAUGAAGAGGAGGUGCAAGUAGUGGCAGAGAUACAGGCCGCUGAGGAGGAGAAGGAGGAGGAAGAUGAGGAUACAGUUGAUGAACACAGAAUAAUAGAGCAGCCCAAAAGCAACGAUGAAACAGGGAGAUCAGAGAGUGAGGAGAAGCAAAAGGAGGAGGUAGGAGAGGAGGAGGAGGAGGAGGAGGGAGUGGAGGAAGAGAAAGAGGAGGAGAGGCAAUGUGUGAGUCAGGAAAUCUCAGAUCACCAGUACUCCAGUGGCGACUACAGCAGGCAUCAGGCAAAAGAGGAGGGAGAUGAGGAAGAAGAGGAAGAGAAGAAGGGAGAGGAAAAGGAGAAGGAGGAGGAGGAAGAGAAGGAG